AUGGCAUCUCGAUUCUCAGCUGGCCUCUUUGGCCGUAACAUGACCUUGGCUGUUGCUCGUGUUCAACAGCAGAGCGUUCGUCGCCUUGCAACCGCAGCUGGCGAGAACGAGUUCGUUGCCGCGCGUGUCCACCACAAGGAGCACGCUGGAAAGUCUGCUGACCUCUGGCGCAAGGUUUCUAUGUACGUCUGCAUCCCAGGUUCCAUCGUUCUAGGCGUUUACAUCUACGGUAUCGAAAAGCACCACUACGACCACAUGGUUCACGAAUACCACGAGAACGGCAACCAGCCUCCUGAGCGCACUUUCUACGAAUACAACAACAUUCGCAAAAAGGCUUUCCCUUGGGGUGACGGCUCUAAGUCUUUCUUUCACAACGAGAAGAUCAACUACGCUGUCAACCCUUAA